AUGACUACCGAUACGAAUCAUGACCCGAAUACGAGUCCUACCUCUGAUACGAGCCCUCCUGCCUCAGAUACAAGUUCUACCCCAGAUAUCAGUUAUACCCCAGAUACUAGUCCUUCCCCGAGUAUUGCUCCGGAUAAGAGUCCUGAUUUGGAGCCACGUCAAGGCAUCAUUGAAGAUGACCCGAUACCUCUGAUUCGGUCUCACACGGAUGUUAUCAUACGCAUAUACUCUAGGGCGUUUUCUGCUCCUGAUGUGACUCUAUGGAAAAACGGCCCAAAUGACAUCAAUGAUAAGGGUCAUGUUCCGGGUUUACAUGCUGCUGGAGUCGUUACCAUGGUUGGAUCAAGGUGUAGGAGGUUGAAAGAAGGGGACCGGGUCAUCUUUUCGCCCUUGAGCCCUUGUCGAACCUGUGUUUUCUGCAAAUCGGUCCUGCACAAUCUCUGCCCGCAGAGGACAGCACUUGGCAUUCCGCCUGUAGAUGGCACGCUUCAAAAGUUUUGCGUCGUGUCUGAGGAUCUCUGCGUUGUUCUUCCUGAUAACCUAACGUUUGAGCAAGGAGCAAUUGUUGGGUCGUAUGCCUUUGCUUUUCACGUCUGCAGGCAAGCCAGAAUUAAACCAGGCAAUAGCGUCGUUAUCUUUGGCGAGAAUCGUUGUGCAAAGUUCUGUGCUUCUGCGGCAAAAACCUUUGGCGCUACAAGGGUAAUACUUAUUGGAAGGCUGGAUUGUAAUUACUACAACACGAAGCCUAUAGAUACGCCGAGAGAAAUUGCGAAAUCCAUACUCAACAGGUACAAACUAAAUACAGGCUCCCAUGUUGUGAUCGAAGCGUCUGGAUUGGAUAUCUAUAUGAACACGGGAAUCUACAUCCUCAGAAAUAGAGGGACCUUUGUUCAGGCCUACACAACUGCGUAUGGUUUCGAUAGGCCUGCAGAGUUUCCGCUGAGGAAGGCCUGCAUGAAGAAUUUAGUUUUCAGGGGUGCUCGCGGGUGUCUUCCUGAAGAUUUUACAGCCUCGAUAGAAAUGCUCGCUAGCGGUGACUUGAGCAUGGAAGAAGUCAAGAACAUAUAUGAGUUCGGGGACACCCAGGCGGCCUUUGAGAAGGCCCACAAAAAGAUUAAUUAA